AUGAGUGAUACCGAUAGACCUCAAAGUAGAGGUGAGGAAGCUCAAGCGAGUCCCAGAACCUCUUUUAGUUUUAUUGGAGGACAUAUAGGAAGUGUAAAUACUUCAUCAUCUGUAUCACCUAGCACUAGUUCGAGUUCUUCUAGCAGCACAAAGACUGCUGUAUCAGAAUGUUUAAGUUCUUGGCUCAAUUACUUACAGAUUUUAAAUUCAUUAUGUACUGCCGGUUUCAAAUUAUCGCAAUCCUUAUCUACUCUGGCACAUUGUACACCAGACCAAUCUGCGACUCAAACACCUUUAGGUAUGAGUGGGCACAGUUUUUCAGGUGCUUCACAACCCGGAUUAAAUGUUCUUAGUGGUGGAGCAACAAGUGGCUCACUCAGUUCCGAAGGAAUUAGUGGGACUUCAGGAGGUGCAUUUAUGACCGGUCCCCCUCCGCUAUUACCUGCCUUGACUGGUUGGGAUGAGCUGGCGCGUUCUACAGCUGUGGCAACUGCCACUGUUAAAUGUCACAUUGUAGCCCUGCUACAAGAAUAUUCAUCUAUACCUCAGCAACAGCAUCCCCAGGCCGAAGGAGCUGCCGAACAGAUUGGAGCUAUGAGAGAUAACAACUAUCAAAUUAUCGCUGACAACAUAUCCACACUAGUGAACUUACAGUAUCAAUUUUGCAUUGCCUGUUUCGAGUGUCUUUCACUGGCAGACAUGUGUCAAUGUUCAUCAGGAGAAUAUCCUCCACAGGGAAUGGCUGAUAGCCCCAAAAGUGCAGCUGAAAGGGAAAGAGCACACUAUGAGCAUCAACAUCAUGGAAUGCCCCUUCAUGAGUCUGCCAGAGGUGGUGGUGGAUAUCAUGAAACCCCUCCACCAUUUAGAGGGCCAUCUCCAGUAGAACAUCCAAGAGGUCCUAGUCCAAUACAAGGAUUUCUUGAUACAAUAAGAGGAAGUAGUCAUUUGGAACAUAUGCGAGGGCCAUUGCCCAAUCCUGGUUUACUACAAGGUAUGAAAGCACCUUUCCACGGCGGUAGUGGAACAGGAGGUGCUUCAAGGGGUCUUAGAAGCCCUCUUCAUUUUCCAUUAUUUCCUCUACUCCAAGGUCAAAGACGAUGGUCGGAAGCAGCAGCAGCGGAGGCCAGUGGUACCGCAGGCGGUGAAGAUGCGUCCAUGCGUCGCUGGUCCAUGCCCUGGGAUUCUGCACAUGUCGCUGCACCUCAUGGCCGAUAUCAUUACUAUCCGCCACAUUAUCACCAUGUGACAUCACAUGCUAGUGGUUGCCACUAUCCUCAUCCUCAGCACCAAGCCCAAAUAAGCGCGGGAGCGACGGCCAGAGGUUUGGGAGCAGUUGGGGGAGUAUCCAAAUUGAGCGUCCCAGUUGGAGGAGGCAGCGGCACUACGACGUCUUGCAGUGAUCGCAGCAGAUCAACCACACCUGAUUCAAUUUGGCAGCCAUCCAGCGGAAGUCAGGAUGGCUUAGCAGAGGCUAUUCAAUUAUUGUCCUGCAGACCUGGAAUCAGACCAUACAAUCAGCUCACCAGCCAACAACAACCAUCUUAUCAUUCACACAUUCAAACCACAAAUCAACCACCCGUGCCAAGUCAGAGCAGUGAACCAUAUCACUAUCAUCAAGAUACGGGCCAAAUGCCAUUCCUGUACAGUAUGUGGAGCGGACAUGAAAGAUCAGGCUUACCUUUCAUUCGACUUCCAGACAUGCCGGAACAGCAGGUAUUGCCUGAUGAAACAGGUAGCUCUGAAACAAAAAAGCAGUCUAGUAAUGUACACAAGCCCCCAUAAAUUAAUUAAAAAACACGAGCAUUACAAUUGAAUAUUUUAAGUUAUUUCAUUUUAGUUUCACGCACAACUAAACAAGUUACCAAAAAAGCA